AUGAGGGAGAGGCCCAACUUCACCCAGUCGCUGUUCGCCACUCUCGAGCAGACCAUUGCGCCCGACACGCAGGUCAUCAAGGCGGCCACGGUCCAGCUCAACACGCACUUCUACGUCGACGCUCGCUGCGUCCCGUCCCUGUUCGAGAUCGCCACCAGCGGCGCCAACCCUGCUAUCCGCCAGCUCGCGCUCGUCGAGCUCCGCAAGCGCGUCGCCGCCAAGAAGAACAAGCAGUGGCUCGCCCAGCCCGAGGAGGUCCGCAACGCGUUCAAGAGCCGCCUCCUCGAGUUCCUCCUCACCGAGACCAAUGGCCAGGCUCGCACCGCCUCGGCGCGCCUCGUGUCGGCCAUCGCCAAGUUCGAGCUCGAGAAGGGCGUCUGGACCGAGCUCCUCCCGUGGCUGUGGAACACGGCCAACGCGACGACGGCCGCCCACCGCGAGGUCGCCCUCCAGACCAUCUUCAUGCUCCUCGACUCGAUCGCGAUUGCCCCGAGCCAGCCCGGCGGCUCGGCCCAGAACCAGAUCCCGGCGCUCCUCCAGCUCCUGAGCAAGACGCUCGCCGACCCGGAGAGCCUCGCCGUCCGCGUGUGGUCGAUCCGCGCCCUCGGCAAGCUCGCCGAGUUCGUCGAGUCGGGCGAGGACCAGGAGAUUACCGCGCUCCAGAACCUCGUGCCGGGCGUCGUCCAGGUGCUCCAGGCGACCCUCGAGGCCGGCGACGAGUCGUCGACCAAGAGCAUCUUCGAGUUUAUUGAGAACAUCACCCUCUCCGAGAUCCCGAUCGUCACCCCUCACCUCGGCAACCUCGUGUCGUUUCUGCUGCAGGCGGCGGGCAACCAGUCGUACGAGAACGACCUGCGCAUCAUGGCGCUCAACUCGGUCCUGUGGCUCAUCAAGUUCAAGAAGGCUAAGGUCCAGUCGCUCAACCUCGCCGGGUCCAUCAUCACGGCGCUCCUCCCGAUCGGCGCCGAGCCCGAGCCCGUCGACGACGUCGACGACGUGCCCGCCCGGUCGGCGUUCCGCGUCCUCGACACGCUCGCGACGUCGCUCCCGCCCCAGCAGACGUUCCCGCCCUUGUUUGAGCAGGUGCGCGCGCUCGCGGCGUCGCCCGACCCCAACAUGCGCAAGUCGGCCAUCACGGCGUUCGGCGUCGUCGUCGAGGGCUGCAGCCUGUUCAUCCAGCCGCACCUCGACAACAUGUGGCCGUUGAUCCAGAACGGCCUCACCGACCCCGAGGUCGUCGUGCGCAAGGCGGCGUGCACGGCCCUCGGGUGCCUGUGCGAGAUGCUCGAGGAGGAGUGCGCCAAGCAGCACGCCAUGCUCCUGCCCCUCAUCUCGAAGCUCAUGGUCGACCCGGCGACGCAGCGCCAGGCGUGCAUCGCCCUCGACUGCCUCCUCGAGGUCCUCGGGUCCGACAUCGAGCCGUACAUCCCGAGCCUCAUGGACGCCCUCGUCCAGCUCCUCGACUCGGCGCCGCUCGCGCUCAAGGGCACCGUCGUCGGCGCCAUCGGCUCGGCCGCGCACGCGUCCAAGACCAAGUUCGCGCCGUACUUUGACGCCGUCAUGCAGCGCCUCGUCCAGUUCCUCGCCCUCACUGAGGAGGGCGAGGAGCUCGACCUGCGCGGCGUCGCCCAGGACACGGUCGGCACCCUCGCCGAGGCCGUCGGCGCCGAGCAGUUCCGCCCGUACUACGCGCCGUUGAUGCAGCAGGCCAUCGCCGCCAUCGGCAUCGAGAACGCGCCCAACCUCAAGGAGUGCAGCUACAUCUUCUUCGCCGUCGUGUCGCGCGUGUACAAGGACGAGUUUGCCCAGUACCUGCCCAUCGUCAUGCCGAUCCUCCUCGCCGCCGUCGGCCAGGAGGAGAUCGACGAGGAGGCGCUCCUCGGCCCGAACGCGUCGACCGACUUUGCGACCGGCGUCGACGACGACGACGACGGCGACUUUGAGGACAUCGACGAGGACAUCAACAGCGACGACGAGGACGCCUUCUUCAAGGCGUCGACCCAGAUCGCGAUCGAGAAGGAGUGCGCCGCCGACGCCCUCACCGAGCUGUUCGACCACACGGGCAAGGCGUUCCUGCCGUACGUCGAGGCGGCCGUCAAGGCGUUCCUGCCCGGCCUCGAGCACUCGUGGCACGACGGGAUCCGCAAGAGCAGCGUCGCGGCGCUCCUCGGCUUCGUCACGACCCUCAACCGCAUCACCGAGCCGCCCAAGUGGACCAAGGGCUCGGCCGGCAACCAGCUCGGACCCGACGUCGCCCAGCUCGCCAACCUCGUCGUGCCCCAGCUCAUGUCGAUGUGGGAGGACGAGGACGAGCGCGACGUCGUCAACGAGCUGUGCAACUCGUUCUCGGCCGCCAUCAUGAGCGUCGGCCCGGCGCUCGUGUCGCCCCAGUACAUCCAGCCCAUCUGCGAGCAGCUGUCGGCCAUCCUGCAGCGCAAGGCCCUGUGCCAGACGGCCAACGCCGAGGACGACGAGGUCGACGCCGGCGUCGAGGCCGACCAGUCCGAGUACGACGCGGCCCUCAUUGGCGCCGCGGCCGACCUCGUCGGCUCGCUCGCGACCGUCCUCGGCGGCGACUUUGCCCAGCUCUUUGCCGCCUUCCUGCCCGACAUGGUCAAGUACUACGACCCGACGCGCUCGACGGCCGACCGGUCGACCGCCAUCGGCUCGCUCGCCGAGAUCGUCAACGGCAUGGAGGGCGCCUCGACGCCGUUCACCGAGACCCUGUUCCCGCUCUUCCUCCAGGGCCUGCAGGACCCCGAGCCCGAGGUCCAGUCGAACGCGGCGUUCGCGAUCGGGUCGCUCGUGUACCACUCGCAGACGGACCUCUCGUCGCAGUACCUCACCGUCCUCGGCGCCCUGCACCCUUUGUUCGCCCUCCCCGACGACGGCCAGGGCAAGCACGAGAACGCCAAGGACAACGCGUGCGGCGCCAUCGCCCGCCUCAUCGUCAAGAACUCGGCCGCCGUCCCGCUCGAGCAGGUCGUCCCCCUCUUCCUCCAGUCGCUCCCGCUCCGCCGCGACUACGCCGAGGCCAGCAGCGUGUUCGACGCCCUCCUCCUCCUCCUUCAGCAGCAGAACGCGGCCGUCUUCUCGUCGCUCGACCACGUCCUGUCGAUCUGCGCCAAGGCCCUCGCGUCGACCAAGGCCGACGACGGCUCGGACGUCUUCUACCCGAACGGCGCGAGCCAGCUCACGGCCGAGAACAAGGCCAAGCUCGUCGAGAUGGUCAAGGCGCUCGCCGCGAGCCAGCCGGACAAGGUGCAGCAGGCCGGCCUCGCGCCGUACCUCGCGUGA